AUGUCGGCGUUUGUGGUUCCCGCGCGCUCCGGAGCACAUCGCGUAGCUGCGAUCGCGCUCUAUCGCGCCCUCCUCACGCAAUGCUCGCCGAAAGCAUCCCCCUCCCUCCCGCUGGCUGACAACCAGCGCGCCGCACUCCGCAACGUCAUCCGCAACAAAUUCCGACGCAACCGACACGUCCACUCAGCGAAGCACCUAAAGCUAAGCUUCACAGCCGGCUACGAGCUCCUCGACAUCCUAGACCGAGCAUCAUCGACAACACCGACCACCACCACGACCACCACCCCCACAUCCCCUCCACCACCCACCCCAACCUCCCACCACCUCCUCCAAACCCUCCUCCCCCUCGCACCGCCCCACCUCCUCCGCUUCCCCCCACCCCCGCGCGGCCCGCGGCGCCUCGACCCCUCCCCGGAAGCCUGCCCGCCGCCGGCGCGGCGCCUGCUCGCGCGGCGGCCGCUGCCCGCCUCGGCGCUCGGCGGCACGGGCGUCCGCCGCGUGCCGCGCAUCGUGUCGGCCAACCUGUUCCCGAUGCUGCGGUACCGCAAGCCGCAGCCGCGCAGCCUGUCGCGCGUGCUGACGGACAAGGUCAAGCAGCGGCAGCGGCGGCUGAACGUGCGGCGGGAGGCGGAGACGGAGUGGAUGGCGUGGGGGGUGGGCGAGGACGUGUGGGAUAGGUUGGUGGGGGUGGCGGUUGAAGAGGAGGAGGAUGAAGGGGUUGGGAGGAAGAGGGGGAGGAGGGGGGGCGAUGUGGUGAGGGAUGGGGAGGGGGAGGGGGAUGAGGCGUCGUGGACAUACGAGCCGCAGCGGAUCGCGAAGAUGAUAUCGGCGCAGCUGGGUUCGCAGAAGAGGGAGCUGGUGCGCACGGUGAAGGUGAUGCAGGAUGUUGUGGACAAGGAGGCGGAGUUGGCGGAGGCUGAGAGGAAGGGAAGGAGGGCGAAGAAGCAGAGGGCGAGGAGAGCAAAGAAGAGGUCGGAGGAUGUGGAGGCGACUUUUGGGAAGGAGGAUGGUGCGGGUAGGAGAAGGACUCGGAGAAGGCCGCGAUGA